CGCACCGACCAUGGACACGAACAGGCUCGCGAAGGAACUCCGGGAGAUCCAGUCGGACACCAAGUCCGGCGUGACCGUGGAGGUCCUGGGCGACAACCUCGCGCACAUGCAGGGCACGCUCAAGGGACCCGAGGAAUCCCCGUACGAGGGCGGCAAGUUCUACGUGGACAUCCAGCUCACCAACUCCUACCCGUUCGAGGCUCCCAAGAUGCGCUUCAUCACCAAGGUGUGGCAUCCCAACGUCAGCAGCGCAAACGGCGCCAUCUGCCUCGACAUCCUCAAAGAUCAGUGGUCGCCCGCGCUGAGCAUCAAGACGGCGAUGCUCUCGCUCCAGGCGCUCCUGUCCACCCCCGAGCCCAACGAUCCGCAGGACGCGGUCGUCGCCAGGCAGUACCUGGACAGCUACGAGGAGUUUGUCAAGCACGCGAAGGAGUGGACGGCAAAGUACGCCAGCGAGAACAGGAAGGAUGAGAAGGAAGAAAAGCUCAAGGAGAUGGGGUUCGGCGAGGCUGCGGUGCGGAACGCGCUGUCCAGGGCGGCUGGGGACGAGCAGCAGGCGCUGGAGCUGCUCCUCACCGGGCUCUGAUACAUAGGCUAGCACACUAGGACUAAACGCGACGAGAGCGGCGACAGUUGAACGUUUUCUCACUCACUCACGCGCGUGCUCACGGAGCUUUCGGCGACGCCAUCAACACGUCCGUCGCCGUCUUGGACGCUCCCGCGACGAAGAAGCACGCCAACACCCCGCCGCACCUCGCGACCGUGGGCGGACCCGCGGACCGGGUGAAGUCCCUGAACGACUCUAUCUUCGCCGGCGUGGAAGACAUCGCGUCGAACGCCGGGAACACCGUCGCGCCCAUCGCGCUCCAAAAACACGCCGCGCCAGCGACGCCCGCUGCCGAACCCGCGAAAGUACCCCGCGGGGGCUCGGCCGCGCCCAGCGCGCGCGUCGCCGCGAGCCGGCCCGCCCACCACGUUCCCGCCACCCCCGCCGCGAGCGACGGGGGCACCAGGAUGGCCAGCGGGAGCAUGCCGGCUCGCGCCGCGCGGUUUGGAAAAACUCUCCAACCUGACCCAUGAGAACGGAAGGUCAGUUUGUCCCUCGUUCGGCGAGCGAGGCGCAGUCCCCCGGUGCGCGCGGGGCU